CACUAUUAUCUGCUAUCUAUUAUUUGUAUUUGCUGCGACUCACGACAAUCUCAUCAUCUUUCAAUCCAUCACCCGCCACAUUAGAUCACCAAACAUGCCACCCCAAAUAAAGCAAGAUCUGAAUCGCUCAGGAUGGGAGUCAACAGACUUCCCAUCCGUAUGCGAAAAUUGCUUGCCGCCUAAUCCUUACGUAAAGAUGCUCAAAGAAGAUUAUGGUGCCGAAUGCAAGAUCUGUACGCGCCCUUACACCGUAUUCUCUUGGGCUGCCGACCGCGCACAUGGCCGUAAGAAGCGCACCAACGUCUGCCUCACUUGCGCCCGCAUGAAGAACUGCUGCCAAUGUUGCAUGCUCGAUUUACAGUUCGGUCUACCUAUCCAACUACGAGACGCCGCGCUUAAAAUGGUCGCCCCCGGUCCUCAGAGCGAGGUCAACCGCGAGUACUUUGCCCAAAACAACGAAAAAGCUAUUGAAGAAGGGAGAGGUACUGAGGAGUACGAAAAGACGGAUGAGAAGGCGCGCGAGCUACUACGACGACUUGCGACGAGUAAACCCUACUUUAGAAAGGGACGAGCAAUAGAGGAUGGAAGCGCAAAUGAUUCCAAACCUAGUGGAAGUUUAGUAGGAGGAAGCCCCGUGGUUGGUGCUGGUGUCGGUGGACCGGGCCCGAUACGAACGCGUGACUCUAGAGCAGCUGCGGCGGCGCGUGCUGGUGCAAAGUCUGGAAGAGGAGGAAGACCAUUCCCGAGCACAUCACAACUACCUCCCGGUCCCAAAGAUUGGUUACCACCCGCCGACAAAUCUAUCAUGAGCCUUUUUGUUACCGGUGUUGAGGACGACCUACCUGAAUACAAGGUCCGAGAUUUCUUCAAGGAACACGGCAAAAUCAAGUCCCUAAUCUGCAGUCACAUGUCACACUGCGCAUUCAUCAACUACGAAACCAGAGAGGCCGCCGAGCGAGCUGCUGAGGCCUGCCAGGGUCGCGCUGUGAUUGCGGGCUGUCCCCUACGAGUACGAUGGAGCUUACCUCGAGCUAUUGGAACGAUGAAUAAGGAGGAAAGAGCAACAAUGGCUAGAGAUGGAAGAUCGGCGUUCCCUAACCAACGACGCGCGCAGGGAGGACCGAAGGCGAUUGGAGCGGCACCAUCUCAAGGAGGAUCGGGACAAGGCGGUGCGCCGGGACAAGAUGUUGAUAAUAUGUCCUUGGUCGCAGCACCACCCGGGGCAGAAGAUGUCAACUAUGCCAGUUUGGCUGGAGACUAAGGUAGAAAAGAGGAGAGACAUUAUAUUGCAUGGGCGGCGUUUAGGCAUUGCGAUUAUAAAAGGUAUCGGCGGAAUCUAUGAUCUUCAUGCGUAGCCACUAGGAAGUGGACAUUGUGUUUGUUGGUACACGGAUGGUAUCACAUAAUAAUACAAGGCUUCGUGGACUUCACUUUUUUAGCCCAUGUCACCUAUUAGAACACGUUUUCCCAUCAAUCUUGACCGUCUUGCCACCCGGGAAUUUGACUGUAUCGUUGUCGCCGCGUUCCGUAUCUUCGUGUAUCCUUAAUCCUAAGAACCUAGUUAGACAAACGCUGUCCAUGCGUAGGUUGUUCAAGUCCGGAACGUACUGUAUAUUUCACCAUCUCUUUU